AUGCUCAGUUUGGUGUGUAUUGCUAGAGAGUUUUUUUUUCUUGGGAGAGUGCAUGUGAUCAGUACAGGGCCAAUCAGCGCUGUCCAGACAGAGGGUCACAGGUCAUGCAGCCUCAUAGGACAAUUAGGGGAGAAUGAAAACUCCUCCUACAAGCUUUUACCAGUGCUCUGCUGGACAUUGAUAGAAGUUACAAGACUGCGCUAACUCAUGAUGAGAAAAGGAAUUUAGCAGUUUAUAUUUACUACAAUAAUUGCAUUUCCAUGUUGUGUGUACUGUGGGAGACCAGAUAUAGUGAAUGCAGGGUCCUGAG